UAUAUAUAUAUAUAGAGAGAGAGAGAGAGAGUGGGGGGAGAGAUAGAACAAGUCCCAACUUGAGAUCUUCAACAUUUACCCUACAUGUUUACUUAUUAAUAGCAGGGUUUUUGUGCUCUCUUCUUGUUGCUGAUCAUCAGUAGACCAUGGAGAUAGAAAUCAUGGCGGGUUCUGAUCAUCAGCCCGACAGUAUCAGCGGCGGCGCUCAUGAUACUGACGGUGGGGAAGCAUGUUUGGCGUGGGAGGAGUUGACGGCGGUGCUCCCUAACUUCGGGAAUGGGCCUACGAGAAGGUUGAUAAAUGGGGUGUCGGGUUAUGCUCUUCCGGGUAGGAUCAUGGCUGUUAUGGGUCCUUCUGGCUCCGGCAAGUCCACUUUUCUAGAUUCUUUAGCAGGUAGGCUGUCGGGAAACGUAGUCCUCUCCGGUAAUGUUCUCAUUAAUGGGACGAAAAGGAGGCUCCGCUCCGGUCUCGUUGCUUAUGUAACUCAAGAAGACGUGUUCUUGGGGACUCUCACAGUCAGAGAAACCAUCGCGUACUCAGCACUCCUCAGGCUGCCAAGCAACACAACGAAAGACGUGAUCAAUGACACUAUAGAGAACACAAUAGCAGAAAUGGGACUUGAAGAAUGUGCUGACACCCUGAUUGGAAACUGGCAUUUGAGGGGCAUAAGUGGCGGUGAGAAGAAGAGGCUGAGUAUUGCGUUAGAGAUCAUAACACAGCCGCGCCUUCUGUUUCUUGAUGAGCCAACGAGCGGUCUAGACAGUGCGUCGGCCUUUUUUGUCGUUCAGGCUCUCAGGAACGUUGCACGUAGCGGGAGGACGAUUAUUUCCUCUAUUCACCAGCCGAGCAGUGAAGUUUUCGCCCUCUUUGAUGAUCUUUUACUGCUUUCGUCUGGUGAAACGAUUUACUUUGGUGAAGCUGCAAUGGCUAUUGAGUUCUUUGCAGACGCGGGAUUCCCCUGUCCGAGUAGAAGGAAUCCGUCUGAUCAUUUCCUUCGAUGUAUUAAUUCAGACUUUGAUGAUGUGAACAACACUUUGCUGGGCUCAAAAAGAAUCAAAGAUAUAAAAGAUACGUCUGGUCCAAUAAUGAAUUUAUCAACAUCAGAAAUCAGAGCAAGGCUCAUUCAUAAGUAUCAAAGCUCAAAACUUGCAGCAAGAGUGAAAGCUAGAAUCAGAGAAUUCUCAACUACUGAAGGACUUGUAUUUGAGGAAACUAGCGGGAGCCAGGCAACAUGGUUGAAGCAACUUACGACUCUGACAAAGCGGUCUUUCGUAAACAUGUCUAGGGAUUUUGGGUACUACUGGCUAAGAAUCAUAGUCUUUAUUGCAGUAUCCAUUUGUGUCGGCUCCAUCUUUCACGAUGUUGGAUCCAAUAAUCAUGCAAUUCUGGCUAGGGGAGCCUCUGGAGGAUUUAUUUCCGGCUUUAUGACGUUCAUGACAAUUGGAGGCUUCCCAUCAUUCAUUGAAGAAAUGAAGGUAUUUUCCAAAGAAAGGCUCAGCAGACAUUAUGGUGUUGGAGUGUUCAUUUUCUCUAACUUCAUCUCUUCGAUUCCGUACUUGGUCCUAAUGUCGUUCACUUCAGCAUCCAUCACUUACUUCAUGGUGAAGUUUCAUCCCGGCCUCUUCCACUUCAUGUUUGCUGCUCUCGACCUUUUGCUAUCCAUAGCCGUGGUUGAGAGCUGCAUGAUGGUUAUCGCUGCAAUCGUUCCCAAUUUCAUGAUGGGCGUUAUAAUCGGGGCUGGUUUUAUCGGUAUCAUGAUGGCUUCAGCUGGCUUUUUCCGCCUCUUCCCCGACCUUCCAAAGGUAUUCUGGAGAUACCCCGUCUCGUACAUCAAUUACAUGGCGUGGGCCUUACAGGGUGCCUAUAAAAACGACAUGAUCGGUAUUGAGUUCGAGAACCCCCAGGCAGGCCAACCACCACUGCAGGGAGAAGUAGUCCUGACUUCUUUGCUAGGCAUUUCUCUAAGUCACUCAAAAUGGUGGGAUUUGGCCGCGGUGGCAGCCAACCUCGUCGUAUACAGGCUGCUAUUCUUUUCCAUGCUUAAACUCAAGGAGACGGCUCUGCCAAUGUAUCGAACGUACUACACUAAGAGAACCCUUCACCAUCUCAAGCAAAGGGCUUCGUUCCGAAAGACGCCACCGUUUCCUUCAAAGAGACAUCAUGUUGUUCACUCCUUGUCUUCUCAAGAGGGUCUCAACUCUCCAUUACAUUGAAACUGUCGUAUGAUUUUCCAGGUUUUCUGUCAUUUUCUUGUGACAUGGUUUCCCCCCACGUCUUAUAUGGUAUGAUCAAUUUAGUUUC